AUGAUCAGUUCAUAUCAAGCUUAUAUCUGUUCGCUACCACCUCAACAGGAAAGUUCAUGUAGUUCAUCAGCAACGUCACGCUUUUAUUUCAAUAUCGUUACCAAGGAAUGCACACAGUUCACGUAUAACGGUUGCAGUGGUAAUUUAAAUAAUUUUGCCACGCUUGAACAAUGCAAUAAUUUCUGUUUAUCAGCUGCAUGUGCACCAGGUGAUGUCGCCUAUGUUAAUCCAAAUACUAGAUUACCAUACGAAUGUAAUGCUGGCAUAAGUAAUAGUUGUCCGAACAGUUUCAUGUGUACAUACGAUCAACUAUCCGAACGUAGUGUAUGUUGCGGAGCUUCAAACAUGGAGUAUUUAAAAUUUCAAGAUGUCUGUCCGGAAGGCGAGAAAGCUUAUGUUAAUGCUGUGGAUAUGAGCGUUCGAGAAUGUCUUAUAAAUGUUGAUAACUCGUGUCCAUCGAAUUAUUUGUGCCGAUUUAAUGCUCAGAGAAGUCGUUACUAUUGCUGUGCUUCUAUAAGUGGAGAUCUAUGUCCUGCGGGGAAAGCGCUUUACAAAGAAUCAUCUACGAAAAAUCCUGUGAGAUGUAUUAUAAAGAAUAAUAGAAAUCAAUGUCCGAGUGGAUUUUCAUGUCAAUCUAAUCUUCCAGGCGCUUUUCAGGGAUACUGCUGCUCAUCGAACUAUUUAUGCCCAAACAAAGUGGAUUUCUACAUUGAAGAAUCAACACAAAUGCCACGGUCCUGUACGCCAGGAGUGUUCAUUACAUGCCCGUCUGGAUAUAGUUGUCAAAGUACACAAAAUGAAUUUAGCAUUGGAUAUUGCUGUAAAGGUGGAGCAGAACCGGUUUCAGAUGGCUGUCCACCUAAUGAAUAUGUUUACGUCAAGGACAAUGACAUUGUUAUGUGUGAUCCAUUUAACUCGAACGAUGCAUCGUGCCCAACUGGUUAUUCAUGUCAGUGGUCACUUGCUAAUCAACAAUAUCAAUGCUGCGGAUCCACUCCCGUUGUUUUUGAAAAAACCAUAAAAAAAGCAUCUCUUGGCUGUCCAUCGAAUCAAGUGGCUUACAAAAAUUCUGGAUCAGCAACACCUCGUACUUGUACUGCAGCAGCUCAGGAUUGUCCAAUUGGAUAUUUCUGCCAAUUCUCGUCGAUUAAUAGUCAAUUUCAAUGUUGCGGUAUCAGUGGUGGAUGCCCAAAUGAUCAAGUAGCAUUUAUCGGCAUAAAUGGUGAACCUGAAUUAUGUAAUAUUGGUCAAAGCAAUUGCCCAGAAGGUUAUUCUUGCCAAAGACUACAUUCUGGAAAUCAAAUUUGCUGCACUGAUGAUGCUUCAGCAUGUCGUGAAUCACAAGUUAAAGACGGUGGUACUUGUGUAAACAAAUCACCGAUCGGUGGGAACUGUAAGAAGGAAGCACAGUGUCCGAAUGGAUCGAUCUGUGCAAACAGUAUUUGUUCGUGUCCUCCUGGUAUGACAAAUGUUGAUGGUAAAUGUCGGCAAGGAUGUUUAUCUACUCAGAUUCUUGUGGAAGACAAAUGUUUGAAUCUGGUUGAUCCUGGUGAAUUUUGUGAAAUUGAUGCGCAAUGUCAGGGUAAAUCAACGUGUAAAGCCGGAAUCUGCGAAUGUCAAACAGGGCAACGAAUUGUUAAUUCAAAAUGUGUCGGAAUUUCCAGUAAACUCGCUAAUGAGUGUCCUAUUGCUGGACAAGUCCCAUAUAUUGAACCGGAAACUACAAGGGUACGCUUUUGUUCACCAUCGAAGAAUACAUGUCCGAAAGGUUUUAAUUGUCAACGAAGUCGAACAUCGCAAUUAAACGUAUGUUGUGGACGACCAUUGGUUGGAUCACCAGAUCUACAAAAUUCUACUGAUAUGUGUGAUAAAGGAACAGCAUAUCUUAUUGAUGGUGUUCCUCAAGAAUGUACUCGAAUACGAUGCCCAUCUGCCUAUGAAUAUGACGGUUGCCCGAUUGGCUCGAAAGCUUUACUCUUCCCGUCUACUGGAACACCCGUACAGUGUAGUAAUAUGAGGACUAGCUCUUGUCCCAGUGGAUAUGAAUGUGUACGAAGCAUUCGAAGUGGAGUCGAUCAAUGCUGUUCAGUAGUGCAACGAACGCAAAUCUUUCACCAAAAUGUUGCAAAAAACAACAAGCAAAUAAAAAGUCCUUGUCCCAGCUAUCAAGUACAAGUUAAAAGAUUUUUUAAUGGGCAAUAUAUUACAAGAUGUGAAAGCAGUUGCCCCAUGAAGCAAAUCGCUAUUAACGGAAUUUGCCAAAAUGUGCAACCUGCUGAUUAA